UGUGGGAAACGUUUACAAAUUUCCGCACCUUUUUAGUUUCCACCGGAAUUGAAGCACUGCAGAACUCUUUUGAGUGUUACAGACUUGGAACUAUCUAAGCUAAGGCUUGCAGCAAAGCAGAAAAGAAAUGAGCUACCACCCUGUUCCCGGAGAGCCUCCACCUCCUCCACAUCCGCCGGGGUUUGAGCCUCCACCGCCACUCGACUUUGGGAUGCCGCCGCCGCCACCAGAAUACCCUGGUCCUCCGCCUCCCAGCCCACCGCCACCAGGGUUUCCGCAUCCUGCACCUCCCGGACCUCCUCCUCCUCCACCAGGGUUCCCUCAUCCUCCGCCUCAUGGACCGCCGCCACCAGGCUAUCAAGACUACUUUUAUCCACCACCACCACCGCCGCCGUCAACCUUACCCCCGCCCCAACCCCCUGCACGGGAGGACGAUGACUGCCUUUCAUGCUUCAGAGGCUGUUUAGCUGCACUUUGUUGCUGCUUCCUGUUGGACUCGUGCUGCUUCUAAUAAAAGCAUUAGCUCUAAAACAUCUAUGAUCAAUGAUUUUGGUUGUUCUGGGAUGUAAGCGCAUCAUUACAAAAGAAUUUAGAUAAAUAAGGGGAAGAGUUCCUGUACUGAUGAACAUUAUGUAAUUGUAACAUAGUAUUGAAAAUUUUAUCAUUUGCUUCCUUCGAAUCUUCUAAUCUUGUGGAAAUUCACUUUAUAUACUGAAGUAAAGUUUACAAUG